CUUGAGAAGUUGACAUCAAAAGCAUCUUAACCAUCAAAAGUGUUGCACGCAACAUCCGUGGAUAUAAGAAAUCAAUUACAAUAAAAGGAUUAAAUCGGUCGUGUUAUUUUACGAAAGAAAAAAAAUAAGAAAAUAAAUCAAUAUGAAAGUGUUUGCCAUAACUACAGUUUGUUUAUUGGUUGCCAGCUGUGCCUGGGCUGCUCCAAGUGUACAAGAUAAUCAAAUCGAAAGUGAAUCAACCUUCACACGUGCCGCUCGCUAUUUGGGCUCAUGUUUCGAAAGUGAUGAUAUGACCACUUGUUUGGCUGUUAAGGGUAUUACCGCUCUUAACCGUGCUGCCAGAAGUAAUAAUAUCGAAUUGGUCAAUGGUGUUUCAUUCAAAAGAGAUCCUGCCAGUCCUGUACAACGCAAUGGUCGUGCUCUCAGCGAAACUGAUGUUCUCUCCCAAUUGCCCGAAAAUGCUGAUGAACGCACUGGUCAAUUGAUCGAUAUGGCCGUCGAGAGCGCUUCCGAAUUCUUGGGUAGCCAUAAUCUCGAAGUGAAAGUCCCAGCCGAAGCUACUCAAGAAAUUGCUCGUGCUUUGGAUGAAGGCCGUGGUAAAUUGAAGAAAAUGGUUGGCCCAAUUGCUUUGGCUAUUGGUGCUAAAUUGUUCGCUUUGGUACCUCUUUUGUUGGGCGGUUUGGCUUUGUUGACCACUAAGGCCAUCAUUGUUGCUAAAAUCGCUUUAUUCUUGGCCAUUUUGGUUGGGGGUUCGAAAUUUUUCGGCGGUUUAGGUAACAAAUUCGGUGGUUCCUUAGGCGGUGGCUACAGUGCCAAUGGUGCUGGUUGGUCCGCAGGUGCUUCUAACGCUGGUUGGUCCUCAGGUGCUUCUUCUGCUUAUCCCUAUGCCCGCAGCAUCAAUGUAGAUGGUGAUGCUCAAGAAUUGGCUUAUGCUGGUCAAGUUAAUGCUCAAUAAUUCGAUUAGUUAAAUUAAAAUUUAAACGAAAAGUUAUAAUUGUUAAUUUAAAUUAAUUUAUAACACACGCAUUUAACAUGCCCAACCAAAUGUGCCUUUUGUUAAAACGAAACAAACACUUUAGUUAGUAGUAAUUUAUUUAAACACAAAAACACUUAUAAAAAAACCACAUAAAUUAUUUAAUUUAUUGUAAUUUAUUUAAACAAACCAUGAAAAACAAAACACUUUAAUUUUAAAAACGUGAUUUUAAACAUGACGUUGUUGUAAAUACACAUGUGUGACAUUCUAGUUCAAUUUUACCUUAAUGAAACGACUCAACCUCAUUUAAAAUAGAAAUCCCGAGAAAAAAAAUAAAUAAUAUAAUUGCAAUUUAUUUAACCACAAUUAUUUUUAUCGUUACAAAUAGUAUUUACGUUAUAUUAAAUUUUAAUUAAAACCCAAAAUCAUACCAUAGACACAAACACACAUAAAUAUACAAUAAUAUUGUACAAAUCAUAUGAAAGCGAAAAAAAAAUAUACAUAAAAAAUUAAAAUAUUUAAAUUAA